AUGCCGGGGACAGUGGCAGAUGGACCUACGGUCUCCAUGUCUUUUGCCAACAAUUUUUGGGGCAAAGAUGAUGCAGGACUUCAACCAAUGUUGGACCGCGUGCAUGGUUCAAAGAUCACAAACGACGAACUGAAGGUUUUCUACAGCAUUCGAGCAUCUAUCGAAGAUGAAUAUGCGCGGAAACUCCACGCUCUGUGUCGCAAGACUUUGGGAUCGUGCGAGACAGGGUCGCUCCGAGCCUCGCUCGAUGUGGUUCGCGGCGAGACUGAAGCCAUCGCCAAAGCACACGCCGCCAUUGCGGGACAAAUGAAGGUUGAAUUGGAGGAGCCGCUUUCUGCCUUUGCUAGUGGUAUUAAGGAGCGACGAAAGAUUAUUCAACAAACCAUUGAGCGUUUACACAAGACUAAAAUGCAACAGACACAGCUUGUUAACAAGACGCGUGAUCGUUACGAGCAGGACUGUCUCCGCAUCAAGGGAUACCUCGCGCAGGGCCACAUGGUCAUGGGCCAGGAAGAGCGUAAGAACAAGGCUAAAUUGGAGAAGACCCAGAUCCAGAUGGCAUCAAAUAGCCAGGAAUACGAAGCAGCCGUCAAACAACUCGAGGACACAACUGGACGCUGGAAUAAGGAAUGGAAGUCAGCAUGCGACAAAUUUCAAGAUUUGGAAGAGGAGCGUCUGGACUUCACAAAGAGCAGUCUGUGGACCUACGCGAACAUUGCUUCAACUGUUUGUGUCAGCGACGAUGCUUCAUGCGAGAAGGUCCGUCUGUCUUUGGAGAACUGUGAAGUCGAGAAGGAUAUUAUUUUCUUUAUCAAGAACCAAGGAACUGGCCAAGAGAUACCAGAUCCACCGCGUUUUAUCAACUUCUGCAAAGAUGAUGACUCGGGCUCUGAUAUAGAUGAAGCCGACGGCUACUCCGUAGCCCAGUUCCAACGCACCAUGAACCCUGCAUUCCGCACAUCUUCACCUCAACCCUCAACAUUCGAUUCACACCAUGACCCACAGUCAGACCUUGCCGCUCAAAUGGGACAUCCUGCUCCGGCCGUUAGCAAUGCGCCGCCACCUCAGCAGCAACCGCCACCAUUACAGCAGCAGCCACCCUUACAGCAGCAACCACCUCUUCAACAGCAGCAACCACCUCUUCAGCAGCAGCAACCACCUCUUCAGCAGCAGCAACCACCUCUUCAGCAGCAGCAACCACCUCUUCAGCAGCAGCAACCACCUCUUCAGCAGCAGCAGCAGUUCAUGCAACAGCAGCAGUUCAUGCAACAGCAGCCUCUGAUGCAACAUCAACCCCUGAUGCACCAGCAGCCUCCUAUCCAACAGCAGCCUCCCAUGCAGCCGCAGCCUCUCCUGCGACAGCAACCGCCGCCACAGCAACAGCCCCAGCAACCCGCACCUCUGGACUUCCGACGUGGCGGUGCACCGCCUCCGAACUAUGAUCCCGAGCAACAUGGAGAGAUUGGAGCUGUUCCCCAUAAUGCAUACCCCACAGAUGGUAUGACCAUGUUCUGUCGUGCUGGGCCACCUUCAGAGCGAAGCUCAGCAACGAGCGCGUAUCGUCCGUCUAGCCGUGGCUCUCAGAGCGAAGUUUCAAACUCAACCUCUAUCUCCAGUGUUGAGGAAACUCCUACCAAGAAGUCUGUGGUAAGCCCAACGAACAGUGCGCCGAUGCCAAUUUCUGGGGAUGACAAAUCACCCAAAAAGAAGAGCGCUUUCUUUAGCAACAGCCCUUUCCGUCGCAAGAGUCGCCAUGAUAAGGAAAGGCCUGCCAUUGGUCCACAGCAGGUGGCCUCUCCACAGGCGGUUGUUUCGCCCCAGCCUACGUCUCGUGGUGGUUGGGACUCGCCGACAAAGCAAAUCAGUCCGACGAAGCAAAUGAGCCCGCCAAAGCAAGUGAGCCAACCCAAGCCAGUCAUCAGCCCGCCUAAGCAAGUGAGCCCGCCCAAGCCAAUCAGUCCGCCUAAGCAAGUGAGCCCGCCCAAGCCAGUCAGUCCGCCUAAGCAAAUGGGUCCGCCCAAGCAAGUCAGCCAACCAAAGCAGGCCAGUCCAAUCAAGCAAGUCAGCCCAGUCAGGCCUUCAGUAGGCCCGCCGGGUCGUGCCUCAGGCAGCCCAGAGCCUGUUGAUCCUCGAGCCAACUUUCAGCUCAAUGUCGGGAAUAAUGUCUUUGAUGUCGCAUCCCCAGAAAAGAGCUCACCCCAGAAAGGAUCACAGCCAAACCAAGCACCUGAAGAUGACUCGGACCCUAUCGCGCGGGCCCUAGCGGACCUCAAGACAAGUGGGAAGCACUCCGCCACUCGGGUGUCAGCAGAUAGAUAUCAUGGUAUCCCCACACCUACCCCGUCAGCGCAGUCUUCUACAUAUGGUGGCAGCAAUGCUAGCGUUGCUGCUCCACCACCAGCAUACAAUGAUCCCACAGUCAAGCGACUUGGCGCACCUCAGCCCGCCUUCACGGCUAAGCAAAUGCACAAGACAACUCAAAAGUAUACUGGCCAAACCCAGAGCAUGCUACGAGGACAAAACAACAGUAUGGGCACCAGCACCGAGACGGAGCGUCAGCCCUCAGGUUGCUCCCCCCGUGUGGAUACUCGCAUGAGCCAGAACAGUGGCAGGGGCCCCAGCCCUAGUCCGAGUAGUUACCAGUCUAACAGCAUGCGGAGUCAAUACAGCCAAUCGCCCACUCCCCGUCGUACUCAAGAUCCACCCUACUCUCCAAAUGAUUUUGCUCGCAGGGCCUCGCCCGCUAUGAGCCACCGUGCUGUAUCCCCGCAGCCACAGUUCAGGCAGCAAACCCGUCCUUCUAGUGCUGGUGGGAUGGAGCUGCAGUUAUCUGGAAGCCACGAUAUGUAUGGUUCCAGCAGUCCCGGUGGAUACGCCGGCUCGACUCGAGGAAGUAGCCGCCCCUCAUCGACUUAUGGUGACGGUCCGCCUAUUGGCCGAUCCCGGAGCCGUACUAUGGCUGUUGCAGAGCCUGGACGCAAAUUCAGCCGUGAUGGCCGUCCAAUCUUGCACUUUGCUCGUUCCAUGUACACCUACAAUGCCGCCAUUCCUGAAGAGCUCAGCUUUGGCAAGGGCGAUGUCCUUUCUGUUAUCCGCCUGCAGGAUGACGGGUGGUGGGAAGCCGAAGUCACCAAUGCCCGUGGCCACCCUGGCCUCGUGCCAAGCAACUAUCUGCAAAUCAUCUAA